GUUAGGGCUCCAACCAUUUAGUCCGGACCUAUCUUCUCUGCACAUAUACGUACAGACAGCGUUAGGUGUGUGUAUGCACGAAGUACACUUCAUAGAAUCAAUUGCGCUCCGGACUUUUAUAUACAUUCCCGCCGCUAGCUCCUACCCGUCGCCAUUUUGGCCCAACUCAGGUUUUUCUCUGAAUAAUCUCCUCACCCGUUAUUGCUUUCAAAUUUUAAAUCGUUCAUUAUGCUGAAAUCUAGUAGUUUCGGUUCCCGGAAUUGAUGGACUAGAAAAAUGGUGAGAACUGUGAAGAGUCACCACGAAGGGGAUGAAGAUGACGACUUGGAUUUUUCUUCCAAAGCUCUUGAUGAUUCCUCCGAGAAGGUUACAACGGAGGGGAGGAGCAGUGAUCAGAAGACGAAUACACUUCGGUCCAAGCACUCUGAGACAGAGCAGCGACGGAGGAGCAAAAUCAACGAGAGAUUCCAAACAUUGAGGGAUCUCAUACCUGAGAAUGAUCAGAAGAGAGACAAAGCUUCGUUCUUGCUGGAGGUUAUUCAGUAUAUUCAGUUCUUAAAAGAGAAAAUACAGAUGUAUGAAGGAGCAAGCCAAGAUUGGAGUCCAGAGCCGUCAAAGUUGAUGCCAUGGAGAAGAAGCUCUUCUGGCCCUCCCCAAAUCUUCACAGAACAGUCCCAGCUGACCAGGAGUGGCUCCGCUCAUGAAGAGAAUAUUGUUGUGGACUCUAUAUUACUUCCUAAUAACACACGUGACUCUGUAGAAUCUGGCAUGAAUGGGGAAGCUGGCUAUAAAAUAAUGGAUGAACACCACCGUGAAGUAAUAAAUGAAGUUAUCCCUUACAAUAUGCCUCUGCAGCCAAGUUUAUUCGAUGGUAUAUCGAUCCAACCUUCUCAUGGAUCUUCUACCUACACUGAUCAGUUGGCUUCUGAGGCACAGCUGUUUGAAUGGUCUGAUAAACAGCAUAAGAUACAUUCCGAAGACCUAAUCUUUGAUCAGAAUGACAGGGAUGAGCUGAAAAACAAAUGCAGGGAUGACAGUUCUCCAAACGAUUACUCUCAGAGGUUAUUGAAUACCCUAAACCAGACACUAGCAUCUAUGGGAGUUGAUAUUUCACGGGCAAAUAUUUCAGUUGAACUUGAUGUUGGUAAUUAUACAAGCAGCAGAACUGCCAUUUCUGCAUUUAAUGGUUGUGAGAAUUAUGACCAUGCUCAUAAAAAGCUCAGAAGAUAGCAGUUAAUUAGGAGUUCUGGUCCUACCAUUGAAAAGGCGCACCUUAGUCUCCUGCAUCUCAAAAUUUUCCCAGGCAGACAAUUGAGGUGACCUGGAAUUUGUUUGACCGCCAAACCAUAACUUUUUUUCGUAUCCCUGAAAGACCUCCCUCUGUAUCACUCUGUUCUAUGCCCAAGCCAUGGCUUGGAUUUGUUAUUCCGAAAGAAGAAGACAUGGAAAAGCGUGAAGAAUGAGCCACAGUUUCCCUCCGAUGGUUCAAAUUUGAGAGUGAGAAGCCUGAUGAAACUCAAAAGAAGAAAGAGGAAGAAUAAGAUGGAUCAGAGGAGACUCAAGAUGUUUUGUUUUUGCAUAUAGACUCAAGAUGUUUUUAGUUGGACAUGUUUCAGACUUUCAGUCCCAUACCAACAGACUGGACUACAACAGUUGUAAAAUACACAUAGAACAGACAUCUACUAGACUAGACUUAAACAAACAAACCAGAUCAUCAGACCAGACCAGAUAAUUUCAGUCCGAUUAAAG